AUGGCAGCCUCCACACCCCUCGCCAAUCAGAAGACCUAUACCCUUAACAAUGGUGUUGUAAUUCCCGCUGUCGGUUUCGGAACCUUCGCCAACGAGGGUGCAAAGGGCGAGACGUACCAGGCCGUCACCAAGGCCCUCGAGGUUGGAUACCGCCACCUCGACUGUGCAUGGUUUUACCAGAACGAAGAUGAAGUCGGUGAUGCCGUCCGCGAUUUCCUCAAGGCCAACCCUAGCGUGAAGCGCAGCGAUCUGUUCAUCUGCACGAAAGUCUGGCAACAUCUCCACGAGCCCGAUGAGGUGAAAUGGUCGUUCCAGAGCUCGCUUGACAAGCUCAAGAUGGACUACAUUGACCUCUUCCUCGUCCACUGGCCCAUCGCCGCCGUCAGCGACGACAACCACAUGCCCAAGAUCGGCGAGGACGGCAAAUACAUCAUCAAGAAGGACCUCACCGAAAACCCUGAGCCAACAUGGCGCGCCAUGGAGGAGAUCUACCGCUCUGGCAAGGCCCGCGCGAUCGGUGUUUCAAACUGGACCGUUGCAGGACUGAAGCAGCUCUUCAGCUUCGCAGAGGUCAAGCCCGCCGUUAACCAGAUCGAAAUUCACCCCUUCCUUCCCAAUUCCGAGCUCGUCGACUUCUGCCUUCAGAACCACGUCGUCCCUGCAGCCUACUCUCCUCUUGGAUCUCAAAAUCAGAUCCCCAGCACUGGCGAGAAGGUCCGAACAAACCCAGUCCUCAACAAGGUCGCCGAGCGCAGCGGUUUCGACCUCGCUCAGGUCCUCCUCGCCUGGGGUUUGAGGAGAGGGUACGUGGUGCUGCCUAAGAGCUCCACUCCCAAGCGUAUCGAGAGCAAUUGGCAGAUUCCUGAGCUGAGCCAGGAGGACUUCGAGGCCAUCGAGGAGGUUGCACGAGGACGACACACUCGUUUCGUCAACAUGAAGGACACUUUCGGUUACAAUGUCUGGCCCGAGGAGGAUUAG